AUGCAGUUCGUUGGAGGCAUUGUGAGCGCGUAUGCCGAAGUUUUCUGGUGUAAUUUAGCUCUCGUGACUAAGAUGCUGAUGAAGCAGCAGGACCGCCUGGAGGAGCGGGAGCAAGACAUCGAAGAGCAGCUCUACAAGCUGGAAUCGGACAAGCGGCUGGUCGAGGAGAAGGUGAGCCAGCUGAAGGACGAGGUGCGUCUGCAGUACGAGAAGAUGCACCAGAUCUUGGACGAGGACUUGCGGAAAACCAUGGAGAUCCUGGACAAGGCCCAGGCCAAGUUCUGCAACGAGAAUGCGGCCCAGGUCCUGCACCUCAACGAGCGCAUGCAGGAGGCCAAGAAGCUCCUCAGCUCUGUUCAGGUCAUGUUCGACAAAACUGAGGACAUCAACUUCAUGAAGGUGAGAAGAGCUGCCCCUGCCAGGGAUAGGAAGAGGGGCUGGGGACAUGGUGGGGUUGGCUGUGCAGGGGACAGGAGAGGAAGGAGCCGAAGUGGGAGCGACUGGGGGCAGCGCGACCCUCACCCGCGUGUGUGUUGUCCCUCACCCUUCUCCUCUCUGCCCUCGGUCCCCAACAGGACCCAGAACUGUACGGGUGGCAGCCUGCCCCCACCCAAAAUUGGCCACCUCAACUCCAAGCUCUUCCUGAACGAGAUCGCCAAGAAGGAGAAGCAGCUCAGGAAGUUGCUGGAAGGUCCUCUGAGCACCCCGGUCCCGUUCCUCCAGAGCAUCCCCAUGUACCCCUGCACUGUCAGCAACUCCGGCGCGGAGAAGCGCAAGCACUCCACCGCCUUCCCCGAGGGCAGCUUUCUAGAGCCAUCGUCCGGGACUGUGGCGAGCCAGUACAUGAGCCAGGGCGCUUCUGCUGGCGAGGGGCAGUCCGCACAAGCCAUGGUGCCUUGUAGCUCCACGCAGCACAUUGUUGGACUUCCCAGCGGCCCGCAGCCGGUGCACUCGGGCUCCGUCUUCAACCCAUCUCACUAUCCCAACACCACGUCAUCUCAGCAGUCCGUGCUCUCCCAGUACGGCGGGCGCAAAAUCCUCGUCUGCUCAGUGGACAACUGUUACUGUUCCUCGGUGUCCAACCACAGCGGGCACCAGCCCUACCCCAGGUCGGGGCACUUCCCCUGGACAGUCUCCUCGCAGGAGUAUUCGCACCCGCUCCCGCCUGCGCCCACCGUCCCCCAGUCGCUCCCGGGACUUGCCGUGAGGGAAUGGAUUGACGCGUCGCAGCAGCACGGACGGCAGGAUUUCUAUAGGGUCUACGGCCAACCUUCUGCUAAACACUACGUCACCAGUUAACCAUCAAACCCUCCGGAGAGUCCUGGUUCAUGACACGUUCGGAGAUAAAAGUCUGGUUUGUUUUGGCUUUUUUUUCUUUUAAAUCAAAUCCCAUUUCCUUCCCACCUCACGCCCCUCCCGGAUUUUGGGGAGGGUUGUUCUCUCAUCUCUCUCUCUCUCUCUCUCUUUUUUUUUUUCCUUUUGAAAUGAAAUAAUAAUGUUUUGUCCUUUUAAUUCUUUUUUAAUUUAAUUUUGGAAAGUCCUUCCUGCCCCUCGCUGGGAAAAGACGAGGGAGAAAUUACCGAGAAGAAACCGACAGGGAUUUCAGUGGGGCGUCUGGUUCUGUGUGUCACACUUUUACUUGCUACUCCCUGGCUUUGGAAAACUUCAGAAGGGACAAUGGCUCCUUCUCCGUUUCAGUUUCUCUGAGUUCAUUUUCUUUGGUUUGGUUCAG